UUGCAGAUAGUGUUCAGCUAAUUGGGAUUAGGCUAAUCGGGAUUCAAUGCUAAAGUUUGACUCUAUGAAAGUAAGUAAAAGGUAGAGGUUUUCCAAUAACCAAGGAACAGUAACCAAGCAAUGCAUUUCUUCCUUGGGGAAAAAACAUGCAGGUACAAAGGUGCUAACAAAGCUUGCACUUUGGCCCUUGAUAAACACUUCCUCAUACAGCCCAACAGAUCAAUCAGGGAAGAGAGGCGCUCACAUUUGACUACAACAACCAAUCUAAAGUCCAAAGACUUCGAAGAACAUCGCUGCUAAGUAAAGUAUCACAGUAAAGUAAACCAGGAGGGAAAAGAAGUGAGUAGCUCUAUCACCAGACUCUUGUAACUGAGCCAGUCAAAGGAGUGAGCAUGGCAGUACCAUUCCGAUUGAUUGGAAAGCGUAGAGAGGCCAUCACAGCCCUGCCACUGCACAACAGUGGUCUGAUGGAGAAAAAGGACAAAGGGGAGAAGGAGUUCCGAAAGUACUAUGGAGAGUUGCGUGGCUCCACCAUGUUCUUUUACACGGACGAGAAACAAGAAACGUACUGUGAGAGGCUGGAGCUACACGACCUGAAAUCUAUGGAGCCGGUGUCCUCCUACUCAGAGAGCUCUUCCCCUAUUUACACACUCAAGUUCCCCAAGCAGGAAGUACAACUUAAGAUUGAUAAUCCAGACACAGGAGAGAUGUGGAAAGGCUGUAUCUUGACCGUGGCUAAACUCGAAGUCCCCACCAAGCUGCAGCUCCUGCCUGGUCACAUCAUGAGGUUGGACGAGAUGCGGACCUCAGAGGAACAGCGGCGGGCCUCAAAGUCCUCCCAGCCAACACCCACUGAUGUGCCGUCCAGCUCAGAAUAUGAUGGCACUCUGUCCACAAUCCCCUCUUGUUUUGUGCCAGUGUCACGUGAAGAGGCAGAGAAGUUACUGGGCGACAAUCCAGAACAUGGUAACAUCAUCCUGAGGCCAGCAACUGACAAACAACAUUUCUCCAUCACAACAAGACAGAUCUUUCCCAGUGGUCCAGUUAUUAAGAACUACAAGAUCAAGUCUAGUAAAUAUGGCUUUACUAUUGAACUGGAUGAGCCUGUAACUGUCAAAACCCUGAAUGAAGUGGUGGAUCACUUCUUGGAGAAAACACGCCAUUCACUAAAGCCUUUUAAGCCUCAGGCCUAUGACACUCGCAUAGAGGUGCCUCCACCUCCAAUAGCUCCGAAGCCUAAGCUCACUCCCAAAGCCAGGGUGUCGCCCACCAUCCACACACAGCCAUCGCUUGACAACGUUCCCCCCACACGCCCACUGCCAAAACUACCAGAAAAAAAGAGCCCGUAUGAGAACGACGAUGUUUGGGAUGGGCAGCUAGUGGAUUGUGAGGAGAUGUUCGCUGAAUGUGAUAAAAAAUGUCAUGGGCUUGAAAUCAUCACGGACUGCACCUUUAAAUCUACUGAGAUCUCUAAGGUGCUGUAG